AUGCCUCCCGCCAAAACCGAAUCGGCUCCUUACGAGAAGAGCAUCAAGAAACCAAAGUUAUUGGAUAACGUAUUGAAGUACACUCCCACAAAGGAGAUCCCGGAGAUUAUUUCCCGGUUAAACCGUUCAUUUCACGAGGAUGGGAAGACGCACAAGUUGCAGUACCGUUUGAACCAAUUGAGAAACCUCUACUUUGCUAUCAGGGACAACAAGGAACAGAUCUGUGAUGCGUUGUUCAAGGACUUCAAUCGGUCGCCUUCCGAGACCAUGAACAUGGAGUAUGCGGUUGUGAUGGGUCACUUGAUCCACACCAUGUCGCACUUGCACAAGUGGGCUGCUCCAGAGAAAGUUUCUGACGUGCCCAUCAAUAUGCGCACGAACCCAGUUUACAUCGAAAGAAUCCCAUUAGGUACUGUGUUGGUCAUUUCGCCCUUCAAUUACCCUUUGGUUCUUGCUGUCGAGUCCAUUGCUGCAGCCAUUGCCGCGGGAAACUGUGUUGUGUUGAAGCCUGCCGAAUCAACGCCUCACUUUUCUCAACUCCUCACAGAUAUUCUCACCAAAGCUAUGGAUCCAGAUACUUUCGCUAUGAUCAAUGGUGCGAUCGAAGAGACCACUGUGCUCUUGGAUCAGAAGUUCGACAAGAUCAUGUACACUGGCUCCACACAAGUAGGUACCAUUAUCGCAAAGAAGGCAGCAGAAACUCUCACUCCUGUCUUGUUGGAGUUGGGUGGAAAAUCUCCGGGUUUCGUUCUCGAGGAUGUCAAAGACUCGGACUUGAAGGUUAUUGCCAGAAGAAUUGUAUGGGGCCGCUACACAAACGCCGGCCAGACGUGCGUGGCCAUCGACUAUGUCUUAGUGCAUGAAAAGGUCAAGGCUAAGUUGGUCGAUACCAUUGCCAAGGUAAUGAAGGAGGAAUUUUACGAGGAUUUGACCCCAAGAAGUACCGGCUACACACACAUGAUUCACAGGAGAGCUUACGAGGGUGUCAAGAAAAUGAUCGAGACGACCGGAGGUACCGUUGUCGUGGGCGGAGAAACUGACGAAAAAUCUAACUACGUAUCUCCUACCCUUAUUGACAACGUUGGCUGGGACGACUCAACAAUGCGCCAGGAGAUUUUUGGUCCUGUGUUGCCUGUUAUCACGUACACUAAUCUUGAAGAGGCUGUCUCACAAGUGGUGAAGCGCCACGAUACACCUUUAGCGCUGUACAUCUUCACUUCUGGCAGUUUGCUGAGAGAGAAGAACCCUCAAGUUGAAUUGAUCCGUAGAUCCAUCCGCUCGGGUGGAACUAUUGUGAACGACUCUAUUUUGCAGGUCGGUCUUCACAACGCACCUUUUGGAGGCAUUGGAUACUCUGGCCAGGGCGCGUACCACGGCUUCUACUCAUACCGUGCUUUUACACAUGAGCGGACCACAAUCGAGCUGAGUCUUGCCAUGGACUUUGUUUCGCAAGUCAGAUACCCUCCAGCAAAUGACAGAAAGGACGCAGUGGUCCAGUCCGCCCAGGAAGCGUACAACGGAGCUGUUUGGUUCUCGCGCACCGGCAACGUUGCUGUUGGAGGUCCAGGCUUGUUGUGGAGUGCCUGGCAUACGACUGUUGGAUUGGGUAGAUUGGUGUCCAAUGUUUUGGGGUCUUUGUAA